AUGUACCAUCAACACAAAAAGGCCCUAAUUGGAUUUGGCAUCCCCGUCCUUCUCACCCUCAUCGCCGGCCUCUUCUUUUUCUUGGGAAGGUCAACGUCACCAAACUGCCAAAUGGGUGCGAUUCAAUGUCCGCUCGACUGGAUUGGACAUCGGGGACGAUGCUACAAGCCUUCAGAAGAGGAGAAGAACUGGCAGGAGAGCCAGAAUGCCUGUAUUUCGCUUGACGCUUCCCUAGCUAAAAUUACAGAUGAGGAGAUGGAGUUUGUGAAGACCAUCACCGAUAACGAUAUCUUCUGGAUCGGCCUCAGGAGAAAACCAAAUCAGCCCUGGAAAUGGCCAGAUGGAGAACAUUCAACGUGGGAAGUCCUGGGAGACGAAGACUGUGUGUUUUUGGAUGAUGGUGCCACACCUAGCUCAGGAAGAUGCAGCACUGAACACCGCUACAUCUGCAAAAAAAUUACCCAGAGAUCCUGA